CAGAGAUGUAGUAGGGAGAGGGGGGUUGAGAGUGCACUUUCUCUUUGUCUUGUAGAGGUGUGCGGGGUGAGCGGGAUUUGACCGAAUAAAAAAUAAAUAAAGAAUGAAGUGAGUUCAGAGGAAUUUACUGAAAAGAGCCGCACAAUUUUCAGAGGAUUUUUUCCCCUACAUUUUUUAAAGGAGGAUCUGUCUUUUCUGAGAAACAUGUUGGACUUGGACUCAAAUGGACAUAAAAUACAACAAAACAGAGAAAGAAUGGCACAGAAAGAAGGAGGAGGGCGUGUCAAGACCGGGGACCAACUUGGGGCCAAAGCCAUUGCAGGGGCCCCGACAGCAGGUGGAGGAGUGGUGGUGGAGGUCAGGGAGAAGAAAGGACCUCUGCGGGCUGCAAUACCCACAAUGCCUUUUCCUUUGGCUGUCAUCUGUCUGUUUCUGAACACCUUCAUACCGGGACUCGGUACCUUCAUCUCAGCGUUCACGGUGCUGUGCGGAGCUCGCAGCGAGCUGAUCCCACAGCGAGGCGUUUGUUGUGUGUUUUGGCUGAACGUGGCAGCAGCCGUCAUCCAGAUACUGACAGCUGUUAUCAUGGUGGGAUGGAUCAUGAGCAUCUUCUGGGGAAUGGACAUGGUCAUCUUGGCAAGCUAUAGAGACCAGGGUCUUCCUGAGGACGUCUGAGAGGUCCCUCUCAUGUUUCCUGAUGGAUCACAUUGAACCCCCCCAUGCCUGAAGGUGACCUUUACCUUUGUGAUGACCUGCAGCUGUCUGUCUUCUAAAUGCCGGGGAAGCAGAGGGAUUCAAAUAAAUUAGGUACAUGGAGAAAAAAAAUGAAGGAAGGAAUCAGCUGAGUGCUUCUGAUUGCAAGUUGCUGACGAGAAAAAACAUGCUGAAGCUGUACAGUCGCAAGAAAAACAAUGUGUUUGUAUUUUGACGAUUAAUAGCAGUGCUUUCUGAGUUUUGUCUUUUGAUAUUUUUUAUUUGAUCUAUUUGACAUUUAACAUAAAUCUGUAAAAGUUUGUAGAGCAGACAACAUGUUUCCUGCUCGACACGAGGGAAAGAAAGAAGGAGGAGGAAGAUGUGCUGGCAUUAUGGAGAGAGAAACUUAAGAUACUGGUUUGCAAAAAAAACAUUUCUGUAUGGCUUUUGAAUUUUGAUGAAUGGAGGAAACACAUCAACAUUAUUUAACUCAUAACUAGUGUUUCUAGAAUCAGCAUUACUAAUGCCUCUCAAUUCGCUGCCAAACUGCUUAACACCAGUCAUUCCAGUGUAAGAUGUUCAUGGAUUUAUUAGAAAGUUUCACUGUCUUUAGAUUUUAGCAUUAGCCUCCUGCGCAAUUUAGUGGCCUUUCUUUUGUGAUAUUAACCCAACGUUGCUGCACUUUCAUCAAUUCUCAAAAUAAAUCAUGUUCCAGCUUCUCUAAACUUUUUACAGCCCGUACAAAAUCAGGCAGUCUCUAAAUCUGACAAUCACCGAACCUAGAAUCAGCAAUUAUUCAGGCAAUCAAUGUGAAGCAAAACACGUCUUCCACUGUAGAAUAUGAUCAAUGAUAUUUGAAAUAAGAUGGAGGAAUAAUUUGCAACCACCCUAUAGUUAUUUACGCUACAAUAUUUUCCUUUUGAGGUGAAAAUGCAACACAUUUUAAUCACACCGAGUCUCACUGCCGGCACAAGAUGCAUGUUAUCCUCAAAAUGACAGGAAUGUGUGCAAAAUCAUUCAUUCAACCUGUGACUAUUUGAUUCGAAUUGUCAUACCUCUGAAAUGUGUAAACAAGUGUUAAAAGGAUAUCACACAUGAUUAGAACAUUGUAUCUUAUUAACAAUAUGCCACUCUGGAGAAUUGAGACACCGCCCUGUCUAAUAAAAGAUAACAUUAUUAGGAUUCUGACUGAGGGCCUUUUGUUUGAACAGUUAUUUUUGAUUUGUUCUAUAAGGAUCAUCAGCCAGGAUAUUUUAAACAUAAGCACUCCUAACCAAUAUUAAAAUAUUUUGUAUCUAAUGUGUAUAUAUCAUGUUUGGGUGCAAUAUUGCAAAUGGAGAUUGGAGAAUACAUGCUAUGGCCUCAGUACAACGUGUAGAUUGGUAAUUAGGGAUAGACAAUUCUAUCUCGUAAAAUGUUCAAUCAAAAAGCUGUAAUAUUUAACACAACUUGCCUUGGAACUAUCAAUCCAAACAAAGCCUUUCCCAACAGUUUUCUCAUGCACUGUAUUAUUGGCUCACUUCCCUGAAAAAUAUCCAAAAGUCUCAAAAGUCAAAGAGCCUUCAACGAAAAGGAAUUAACCAGACAGGCUGAUCUGUAACACUAAUGAAAAGUCGAAAUCACUCUCAAGAGUGUUAGCAGGAAGCUCAGUUAAUGGGCUCCAACUGGGGCUUUUUGACUAAAUGCUACUUACAGUUCACUUCUAAAAACAGAUUGUUACUUCCAUAAAAUGGGACAAAUUAAGCAUGUCAUGCAGCACAUUUGUGGAAAUAAAUACAUGUAUUCAUGACUACUUUCCAAUUAUGGUUGUGCCUUUAUAGAAAUCAGGCUUAAUAUGUAUAAAUCACAUUGUUAAUGUACUCUCUUCAUAUUUUGAUUACCUACUUCUGAUGUAUCAUUGAUUUUUUUUUAAUUAUCUUGUAUGUUUUAAUUAUCUUUAUCAUCUUAGCCAAAUGCCUUUUUAAAGAGUACUGCUGUAUUUUAAAGGACUGCACCAAUGUUUGUCUGUGUAUAUGUUGUACAGUGUUUUUAUGUGAGACAGAUGGUGAAGUCCGUUAUGGUGAUGAUGUUUAAUGCCUUACAAAUGACCAGAAGUGUUUCUGUAGCAGUGAUGCUGGAGUUUAUUUGCUUUGUGUGGGUUUGGGAGCAAUUUAAAGAUCUAAAACCAUUGUUAUUGAUACACUUUGUUUUAAUGAUGGUGGUGUUGUGAUCGCUUUUUCGAUUGUAGAUGAACAUACUGCCACGUACAGUUUCCUGCAUGCAUAGUUUUGUUGGCAAGUCACUGUACAGAGUAACCUACAUCAUAUUCAGAAUGUUGUUUGUAGCUUUAUUCUGAGACUUUGCAGAAUUGAUUUUAUUUUAAGACAUUAAGGUGACUGCAAAAAAUCUUGCAAUUAAAAGUUUUGGUUCAAAUGA